UCAUUGUUUUAACUUCCCGUCCGUCCACUACUUUGAUUUGUUUUUCUAUAUCCAGUCACACUUUUCUUGCAUUCAUCUGUAUUAUUGCCAGUUCUUCAAAAUCUUGCCGGUCUAAUCCCUAUAAUCUUGAAUCUGCAUCUUUAUCCACUCUAUCCUCUGUCGCUCCACGCGUUAAAAAAGUAUGGUGGUAAAUUGUGCAGUGCAGCCGCCUUCAUGUCCGCCGACAUGUCCGCUCCAUCCGUGAGGAAUAAGAAGUCAUUUGCUCGGAGCUACAAGCCAAGCGUCAGGAUGUGUAUUCGAGAACAGAGGGAUUCCAUAACCAUGUCAUCUCCAGAGAUGUGCUGGCCCGUGCCGAUGCCGGCCAUCGGGGCUCAGAACCUCCUCACCAUGCCAGGAGGAGUUUCCGCGUCGGGAUAUCUCCACAAGAAGGGAGGCAGCCAGUUCAGCCUCAUGAAAUGGCCACUGAGGUACAUCAUCAUCCACAAAGGCUGUCUGUAUUACUUUAAGAGCAGUACCUCUGCUGCACCACAGGGGGCGUUUUCUCUCAAUGGCUACAACAGAGUGAUGAGAGCAGCAGAGGAGACAACGUCCAGCAACGUGUUUCCCUUUAAGAUCGUCCACUUCAGUAAGAAACACAGGACGUGGUUUUUCUCUGCAGCCAGUGAGGACGAGAGGAGGAAAUGGAUGCGACACCUGCGGAGGGAGAUAGAUCACUAUAACGAGAGAAAAGAGUCCCACAUUCCGAGUGACUCUGACUCAGAUGCAGACAGUUUCUAUGGCACGAUUGAGAAGCCCAUGGAUAUUAAACACCACGUGGCUAAUGCAGAAGAUGAAUAUGGAGAUGAUGACGAUGAAGAUGACGAGGAUGACUAUUUGGAGCCAGACAGUGACUGUUCAUCGAUAUCGACAGGUCGACCUGCGGGGCCGCCCCCCUCCUACCCCCCUCCCCCGGUGCCGGUAUCGUUCCACCUCCGUCAAGAGUCCAGUCCAGGCUUCCACAAAGGCCAGCCUCCUCCCGUCCCGCCGCUUCACAGAAUCCCAACCAGCCCGCUCCCCAAAAAGCCCCCGCCCUUUGUCCCCCCUCCCUCCAUACUGAAGGACUUUCACAAAGGCACGCCCCCUCCUCUCCCCUUCGCCCCCCACCUGCACAAAGCCGUGUCUCUCGUCCCCCCAACUCCUCCUCCCCCCAAUGCAAAGAGAAUAACCCAGUGCAGGGCGACGUCCGUUGGGGGACCCGGGAACGACCGGAGAGACUGGAGGCCUGUGCCGGCCGUGUUGGUCCAAACCCCCGCCACUCUGCCUAUCUGUGACCAAUUAGAGAGCAGGAUGGUCUUAAAUGGUCCCGCCCACUGCUCCCUUAAUGCUGGAGGGAGCCAAUCAGUGGGCAACAACCACCAUGGGUUGAUGAACAACCACCGUGGCAAGCCGAGCCUACCUCCUCAGUAUAACAUUGGAGGGUCCUCGCUCAGGCCCGUGAUGUCAGAGUCCCUGUCCCUCAGCAAGACCUCCUCCAUUCACCCACCAAUGCCUGGCCACCUUCCGCCCUCUCCUCUACUUAAACAUGGACUACACAAUAAGCCAGUGAUUCCCAAACUUCCUCCACCUACACUCAAACCCCCGCUGCCUGCAGCCAAGCCCAAGCAAUCAGGAACCCAGCUGCAAAGAGCAUCUCCAGAUGGCCAGAGCUUCCGUUCGUUGGGAAGCGAGACGCCAGUGGAGUUCAGGAGGAAACGAGACUCGUCCAAACACAGCGGAGGAGAGGAGUCUGACGAGGACUAUGAGAAUGUGCAGCUGCCAGACUCUGUGUUUGUUGAUACCACUGAAACCAGCUUCGUAGAAAAGAUGUUCAGAGAGAGCUACAUCCCUCCACAGGACGGACUGUACUGCAUCCGAAACUCAGGAUCCAAAACAUCAAAGGUGCUGGUGGUGUGGGAUGUCAGUAUAGGCAAAGCCAGAAACUACCGACUGUUUGAAGAGGAGGACCGCCUGUUUCUGGACAACGAAGUCACCUUCCCCACUCUGUCAGCUGUGAUCGAACACUACUACAGUCAUCCUCUUCCUCACCACGGCUCGCUCUGCCUGCAGAAGCCUUACACAAAGACGUAAGGCUGCUGAUCAACGCAGUCAAACCAAAGAGGAACGGAGAGUCGGGCCCUCCUCUGCAAGUGAACUCCUUCUCCGUCAACCAACUGCUGUGGAUAUAAACUCACUCAGACAGAAGAAAUAACUGUCACAGUAUACCAGAACUGAUCAUGCCUCUCACUGUUCAGUGGAAAUGACCAUAAAGCUUCAUGUUAAACAGCAACCACAGUAACCUUUCUAGAAUUCUGACUGCUAGGACACCAGGUAUUUAUUAGAAGGAAAAAAACAUUAGCAAUCAACAGUUAAUGGAACAUAAUUGACCUUUUCUUUAACACACACAAGACUCUUAUCUUAACAAAGCAAGCUGUCCUAAUCCUCCUCUGUGCACUGAAAACACAAGUUACUGUAAAUACAAACCAAAAUACAUACCUGUUGAUCAGUGUCAAGAAUCUGAAGAAUCAGUGUCAACAGGAAACUGUGUAAUGAUGUAAUGAUACUGAUGAAACACAAUCCAUGAGCCAGUGUGGCCAUCCACAAGGAUGCAAUGUAUUUUGCCCACAAAGGGGCGCUAUCACACCAAGUGACAAAAAAAGAAUUCCAAUCUAGCCUCAUCUGGCAUGUGGGUUUAGCUGCGGUUCCUUUGGGUCUGUCCCAUUGCGCCCACACUUGUGCUGCUUGGGUAGCAGUCAAGUCCCUGCUUGUGUGACGUGUUUCAACUGCUAAAAGUGUGAUGAUGUGACACAGCGAAGACCAUCCUGCCACUCAUGACAAUACAUGACUCAUUCAAUGCUCAGGUGGUUUUAUACAUUUUUUUUUUUACAUAAAGGACAAUGAGGUAGAAUCAUCCAAUCAGCAUUAUUGCUACAUUCAGAUGACAGAGAAAGACAAACUAACAUUCAGAAACACCUAUGUGUCUGUGCAUCAAAUAUAUAUCAUAAAUCACAGGAAUCAUCCAGAAAAAACAAUUGUCUUUGAAACUACUACAUAGGAAAAUCCUUAGCAAAAGUAGAAUAAUAUGAAAUGGUGAUGUAUUACUCGCCCCCGAAUUAAAAAAAGUAAAAAUUGUAUCGAUGCCUACAAAAAAUGAAAAGGGAGUUUGCAUCAACAGAAAUAAACUUACAAUCAAAGCCAGUUAGACAUUUGUUAAAGAAAGGGAAAACUGUCAAUAAUACUAACAAAAUACAUAUCACUGAUUAUUAACAAAGUAUUUAAAAAAAAAAGAAUAAAUCCCUUAGAUGAUAGAGGUUUAAUAGAAACUAGAACAACCGCCACCAACCAGUCAUACUGCAGUUUACAUCCAUGUCUGUUCACAAAACUUCACUUCAUCAUUUUAUCCUUUUGUGUGAAAUUGUCAUUAUUAGCAAAUGAAUUCUUGAGUUUUGCCAAAAACUGUCACUGUCACGUUUACCAUGUAUCAUAGUGUGGAUGGGUCAUGUUUGAGUAAGUUGUUGAAAUGCAAAGCCUGUUUGCACGUAAAGUACUAGUAUGAUCUGAAACGUGGGUCUAGUGUGUUGUUCUCAUAUGAAAGUCAAGCACAGGGACAUUUCCUCAAAUAGAUGGCUUUAUUUGUGUUACAAGUAAUGAUAGCCUUGAUAUUGACUGUUUAACCGAAACCCGGAUGAGUAAAUGGAUGACAUUUAAAGUGAAAUGACAUUGUGCGCACUGUGCACACUUGUAAUUACCAUCUGGAAUGACAGACAAGACAUCAGUAGAUUGUCCUGGAGGAAGGUCAUCUCUGUGACUAUGAGAUUGUGAAUGUUUGGAGCACGUCUGUACACAAUGCCCGGAUCUUUUUUUAUUUUUAUGAUUUAAUGAUUGGGAUCAGCAUUCAAAAAAUGCCAAUGAUGCUGCCCAAUCUCUUUUAAGUUUUUUCCUAAAGGAGAGUAGUUUAUAAUGCAGAAGAUGCCUCCGUCAUCUAAAUCAUUCCUUCAGAAAGAAAUAUUCCAACAUGUCAUAGAGACCUUUUUUUAUGUCUGUUUAUUAUCGGCAGACCUAAAAAUAACAUGUGGGUGCUACUGCCAACAACUGGACCAGUGUGGGACUGUUAUGAGAGGAACGCACCGUCUUUAUAUAUUUCACAGAUCUUCAGCCUCUCGUCCAGUCUAUGUACAUCAAUUAUUUGUGUGUUAUCAAAGGGCAACAUCUCAUUUAUUUAGUGUGCAGAACACAUGCACCAAGUACAAAAACUGUAAUUGCAAUUUAAGCAUCCCAAGGGCUUGUAACGCUUCAAUAUUAUGUACUUUUUCUUGCAAGUCCUUGGAGGGUAGAAAACACCUCACAUAUUAACAAGAAAUGAAACCAGACAAUACAAAGUGGUGCAAAUUGUCAGACUGAACAUGAAGAAAUUUGUUUGUUCUCAAAAUUUGUUUGUUCUCAACUGCGAAAAUGUUGACAUUGUGCAAUUACAAUUUGCACAGCACUGACUUCAAUGUAUACAUUUCUAUAUAUUUAUAUGUAAAUGCUGUAAGUACUGUAAAAAAAAAACAUGUCAAAAUGUAAAUAUAUUGUUUUUCUACAUAAAUAUAUGUUGAGAGUGUAU